CAUGUUCAGCCUUUUUUGGCAUUUUGAUGAGUGCAGCGAUGUAAACAUUAAGCCUUAACGUAUGAGCCUACUAUGUAGAACUUCUAGGACGCGUAAACAAGCGCAUGUUAGAACUUCCGGUUGCUCAUAAUGGCCGGCACACCAGCCACAACAGCUAACGAGGCGUCUUCAAGUCUAGGGUCCACGGGAAGGGAAUCAGGAACAGCGACACAUGCCAACGAGACAGGAGUGCAGUUUCCCUCUGCAUCUCGGGCGCGGCGGCAAGAAUCGUCAGGCGUGCAGUUUCCGCCAGCGGCGCAGAACGGCAAUAGGCGGGCGGAGGAUGCCCCGGCGGCGGCUCCCUCUGGGGUUCCCCCGGGCGUGCAGUUUCCGCCGGCGGCGCAGCCAGAGGUGAUGCGCGCCGCGGAGAAGGACGAGCUGUACGCGGCGUCGCUGGGCGACAUGUGUCACGAUGUGAUUGGCUCGCAGCUCGGCCACCGCGUCGCCGGCCAAUGGGGCGGCCAGAUCCGCAUGGCGGCUCGGUGUCUUUACUACCUCGUGACGACGGGUGCUGGCAGCAGAACUCUAGGGGAGGAAUACUGUGAUAUACUGCAGGUAUCAGGCAGCUACAACCUCCCCCCGACCCCAGCGCGGCGGCUCUCUCUAGUGCUGCUGCACGCGCUUCUACCUGCCAUGGCAGCUCACAUCAGCGCCAGAGCCGCCGUCCGGGGAAGGGCGCUGGCUGCAGCGGGGGAGGCGGGUUUUGGCAGCAGUGGAGACAGCCGCAGUGGCAGCGACAGUAGCAGCGGCGCUGCAGCAUCGGGGGCAGGGGGUGCAGCAUCGGGGGCAGGGGCUAUGGCGGUGGGUGUCAACUGGUGGAGGCAAUGGAUGCAGCAAGUGAGGGAGGGAGUGAGGGCGAUGGGGAGGAGGGCUCUGGUGGUGUGGGCGGGGGUGGCAGCACGAGGGGGGGAUGUCGUGAUGCUGCUGGGGAGGGCGCACCUGCUACUUUUCUACUGGCACGGCACGUACCUGCACUUAGCUAAGAGAGCGACAGGUGUUCGGUACAUCUACACCGCUCAACCACCCGCGUACUCUCCCAGGUACCACAUGCUCGCGUUCUUUCUCUUCAUCCAGCUCGCCAUCCUCUCCUCUGAUUGGCUCCGCCGCUCCCUGCUGCAACAGAGGCCCCUGGCGCAUCCUCUGCCACUCGCAGGCCCACAGCCAGUGCUCGAUGCACCAGCGGAGUCCAGCACAGGGUGGAGUGCGGAGGAGGCGUCUCAAGAGUCCCAGAAUGAGAGGGAGGAGGAGAAUGAGGCGAGUGGCCGCUGCUCCCUGUGCCUGGCCACGCGCUGCCACCCCACCUGCUGCCCCUGCGGCCACAUCUUCUGUUGGGGUUGCAUUGCGGAGUGGUGCAACGAGAAGCCCGAGUGCCCGCUCUGUCGCUCACCAGCUCCACACUCCUCCCUUGUUCCGCUGCAUCAUGCUGCCUUCUGAGGCUGUACUGUACGCAGCUACCGUUACCAACGCUGCACUUUGACACCAGGUGUCGGCAGCGAGAGGGGCCUUAUUGAUGCAGAGGCAGCAUGUCGAGCCUUUUGUAAUUGAUGCAGGGGCCGCAUGUCGAGCCUUUUGUAAUUGAUGCAGGGGCCGCAUGUCGAGCAUGCCCGUGAGCUAGGGGUUCCAAGAGCAGGGAUGCUUCAUAAGGUACACUGAUACUGGUGCUGAUGCUGAUACUUGUAUUGCACUGCAGCACCCUAAUAGAUAUCUACAUCGUGU